GAGCUGUUGCGAGGGGUGAUCGCACCGUGGACGCGCGCGCAGUAAAGGCUGACGAUCAGCCCAGAGUCGUCACGUCACGUCACGUCACGUCACGGAUCUGCAGCGACCGACCGACCGACAGGAGAUGCUGAGGUGACAGGCAGGCAGAAGGAGAAAAGGGACGAUCACAUUCAGACAUAUUCUCCCCCCCCUCCUCCACCACCCUCCACUUCACCCAUGCUCGUUUAAUUUGCAGACACGACGUCCUCCACCUCUUCUUAUGGACAGCUCGCUCGCUAUGGGAUACCGCUUAAUGUCGUCCCCGCCGCCUCCAUAUACGUAGAGGAUUUUUUUUUGUAACCACACCCGGCUCUGCUUUGGAUCAAGGAUUGGCAGCGAAGAUCCGAGGGUUCUCUAUCAAGACUAGAAAUGCCCGGCCCAGUCUAAGGUUUGCUGGUUCGAGGCAGGGGGAAGCAGUGAGGACAGCAGUCCACAGACGGGAUGAGCGGAGGAGCGGAGCAAGCUGACAUCCUCAGCGUGCUCGCCCUGGUCAAGGAACGAUGGAAAGUGGUCAAGAAGAUCGGGGGCGGCGGGUUUGGCGAGAUCUACGAAGCGGUGGACCUGCUGACGCGGGUCAGCGUGGCGCUGAAGGUGGAGUCGGCCCAGCAGCCCAAACAGGUGCUCAAGAUGGAGGUGGCGGUGCUAAAGAAGCUCCAGGGUAAAGACCAUGUGUGCCGCUUCGUAGGAUGUGGCCGCAACGACCGAUUUAACUACGUGGUGAUGGAGCUUCAGGGUCGAAACCUGGCUGACCUGCGGAGGAGCAUGACCCGGGGAACCUUCAGCAUCAGCACCACCCUGCGUCUCGGGCGCCAGAUCCUGGAGGCCAUAGAGAGCAUCCACUCUGUGGGCUUCCUGCAUCGCGACAUCAAACCGUCAAACUUCGCUAUGGGCCGCUUCCCAAGUACAUGUCGAACCUGCUACAUGCUGGACUUCGGUUUAGCUCGCCAGUUCACCAACUCAUGCCAGGAGGUCCGACCUCCCCGUCCUGUGGCAGGGUUCAGGGGAACAGUCCGCUAUGCAUCUGUCAAUGCACACAAGAAUAAGGAGAUGGGUCGACACGAUGACCUCUGGUCUCUCUUCUACAUGCUCGUGGAGUUCCUGGUCGGUCAGUUGCCGUGGAGGAAGAUCAAGGACAAAGAGCACGUGGGGAAACUGAAGGACACGUACGACCAUCGUCUGAUGCUCAAACACUUGCCGGCAGAGUUCGGGGUCUUCUUGGAACACAUCUCCAGCCUAGACUACUUCACGAAGCCUGACUACCAGCUGCUGAUGUCCGUGUUCGACAACAGCAUGAAAACCUACAAUGUGGUGGAGAAUGACCCUUAUGAUUGGGAGCGGACUGGCACAGAUGGCACUUUAACAAUCAGUGCUUCUGCCACAACACCGCAACAUCACACCCGCCUCACUCCGGCGCACAUGGGUAUGGCCAAUGCCUCCCUGAUCCCUGGCGACCUCAUGAGAGAAAACACAGAAGAGGUUCUGCAGGACGAGCAGCUCAGCGAUGGGGAGAACAACCCGGCACCAGAGCGACUACUAGGCUCUCCGCUUCAUCCACACCGCAACCAAGAGGCUGAUGUCUGGGAGGAGCUUGACCGCAAUAGAAACCGCAUCAGGACUGCAGUGUGGAAGGCGGGAACGGAGGAGGAACACAGCAACAAUCAGGGUAACCAAGGACACCAGAGCCCCUAUGGGCCAAACCUGGGUUCCCCAGUCAAACACGCUGAGGUGGGGGCUGCAGACCGCGAUGGCUCUCUGCUGAGGAAGCUUCGCAACAUUCACAGUUUUGAGCUGGAGAAGAGGCUGGGCCUAGAGUCCAAGCCCAGUCCAGAGCGCUACAUGGAGCCCUGCCCAACAAAGCAGCAGCUCGGCCCCCAGCAACAGGAGAAAGAAGCAGAUGGGGCCGCGAUCAUCCCAGUAACUCAGGGUCAGGCCGCACCUGUCGGGGAGCGCCCUGAUCGCGUCUGGCACUACGAUGAGGAGUUUCGGUCUGGCGGCGGUUCACCUAAGCCGGCAUCCUGUGGAUCUCAGGAGCACGGAGAGGGGGCAGUGAGCAGCGGGGGCUUUGUGGCCCUCAAUCUGAGCUCUGGGAGGCAGGACUUUGACUCAAAGGAGUGGGUAAUGGUGGAGCGGCCCAGCGGCUCCCCGGGGGGCAAAGUUACCUCCAGCCCCUCGGAGGAGGAUGACGAGCCGGAGGUGCUCCAGCCAGGGGAACAAUCUCCUGGAUGGGUUAAGGGCAGCCCAAGCCCUUGCUGUGGUUAUGCUAAACAAGAAAGCAUGGCGUCCUCCAAGGGAAGUGCUCAAGGGGACAAGUUGGAGCUCAGUGUGGGCCCUGCGGGGGCUCUUCCCCCCAUUACUCCCACCAGCCCAGCUGAAGCUCUGGCUGAGGGAGUUAUCACUCAGCUCCCCACCUCUCCUCCGUCCCUGCCUGAGGAAGUUGCGAUCCGGACGUCCAGCCCCGUCCCUCUGCGCUCUCCCAGCCCUCACACUCUCCUCACCACUCUGUCGGACCCGCUGCACCUGCGCUUGCCCGGCAUGAGGCGCAGCCAGUCCGCCGACCAGCCGCAGCAGGAGCGCCCCUACUCCUCCUCCUCCUGCCACGCCUCCCUACCGCUACCACCAAACCCCGCCCCCGGCACACGUUCGCCCGGUCGCCGAAAACUGCCGGCCAUCCCGGCUGGCGCUGCCAACACCAAGUUCCCCUCAGUCAUACGCAUCACCCGCGCCCAGCUUCAGCAGUUGACGGCUCAGCGUCCCUCUGGCCUGUCCUCCCAGUCAGGAUCGGACAGUGCCCCACAGUGCCUCCUGUUGGAGAGGCGAGGUGAAGCUGAGGCCGAGGCUCAGCCUUUCCAGGAGCGCACGACGGACAUCAGCUCCCCGCAGGACAAUGUGCCCACUCACCCGGGGACGCCCACAGAACCCCUCGCUGAGGCCCAAGUCAAUGGAAACAACCACGCCAAAGCUCUCAGCCCCGCGCCGAGCCGCGCGUCUUCCCCGCGCUCCCCUCGUUCUCCACACUCGCCUCUGCGCUCGCCUUCCUCUCCGCGCUCGCCUCGCUCCCCUCGCAGCCCCGUGUUCGCCAACGGCCACCUCUCCCCUCCUGUUAACGGCCAAAGAGAUUUGAGUAACGGGGCAUUCCCCAAGCUGAAAGACCCUGACAAUGAUUUUGGCCUCCCUCCUUGUGCCACAGAGCCUCAGUUAAUGGAAGAGGAGGAGAGCAGAGAAGUGAACCAGGCUCCUGAACAGACCAGUGGCCUCACCUCCUCCUCCCCGGUUGCCCCCCGUAAGGACCCGAACCGGAGGCAAAGUCGCAUCCCAGUCCUGGAGCCGUCCAGUUUGCUGGAGCUCCCUCCUCCACGGUCAGCUAAGGAGAAACUCCUGCAGAAGAAAGCCAAUCACCAGGGCCCCGUCCCCUCUCCCACUGCCUCACCCUCGCUCUCUGACAGGCGUGGCCCCAUGGUGGCCUCGCUUGCCAAGGACCCUCUGUCCUCCGCAUCUGACCGCUCUCAGGAAGAGGACUCCCUCAUGGGCUCUCGGUCCGACCGCCAGGGAGACGAAGCUCCCUCCCUCUCCUCCUCGUCCAGCCCCCUGUCCCGCAAGAGCAGAAUUCCUCGUCCCAUACAUUCAGCCGCUUCUGCUGAGCAGCUGGCCGCACAGUUCAUGCCGCGCCCGCCGCCUGGAAAACCACCAUGUCGCUCUACAGUGGAGGGCAGGCUCAGGCGUUACCGCAUUCGAGCUGGCAGCAACAGUGACUCAGACCUCCUGUCAUGCCUUGCGCAGCUGAUGCACGGUUCCCGAGGCUCCCCGCUCCACCACCGCUCCUCUGCCCAGCACGGAGGCUCCAGGAUGGGCAUCUGCAGCCUGACCAACUCUCCGCAUCACCAUCGCAGCUCUAGCGCAUCCCCCCGCAGCUCCUCCUCCCUGCAGCGCUCCGUCAGCUCCUCGCCCUCCCGCCACGAGCACCGCGGCGGCGUGGGAGUGGGUUGCCUCGGCCGUAGCCGCUCGCCUCCCAGCUUCUCCGGCUCGCCGCCCCCCCGCCGCUUCUACCCUCAUCACCAGGAUACAUGCUGCAGCCGCCAGGCCCGCACGAGCCCCUUCCACCUGACGAGAGGAAAGGGAUGCACCCGAGAUAGCAAGUGCUCCAGCAAGUUGAGCAGAUAGUCGCCCUGCAGGUUGUGCUGCCACAGCAGAGGAAGGGAAGACUCCAAAUAAUACAGAGUAGAAUGCAUUCAGGAUAAAAGCUUGAGUCUUCCUGUACAAUAAGACAAAUCUGUCCCUUAUUUUGCUGAUCCUACACUUGUCCCGCAAGUUCCCCACACCCCGUCUAUCUGCCCAUUUGUUCUUUAUUAAUGUGCCCUAAUUUAAAAGAGGACUUCAGCUAUUAAGUAUUGCACCUCCAUUACAUUUUGGGGAUUUUAAGAGCCAGAUUUAACAAAGAGUAGUCAAAAGGUAUGAGGCAGAAGCUGAAAUAUCCUGACAUUUAGACCGUUAAGCUAUAGAAAUACUGGCUUCUAAUUUUCUUUGGAUCACCACACCUCUAGUUCACAAUGAAGCUUUCUGUUAGAAAUAUCAAAAUCGUUGGAGUGCCCCCCCUUUUUUUUCACCACUUAUCAGAUAAGCGAUAGCGAUAACGACUCAUUAGGAUCCUCAUUUUGUAGAUUUAAAGAUAACAUGAAUUACAUAACUUCAAAAUAAGACAUUCUUUUCCCAUAAUAGAGCAGUGCUAUAACACUUUAUAAUAAUCAGUGGUGAGAUGAGCUUGUGGGCACAUAAGUAAAUGAGUUUCCAGUUUAUUAAUGGUCCUACAUCUUGCAGCACAACAUAAGGUAAUUUAUUAAUCCCCAUUAUUAAUGCACUUGGAUUAUACUGAUGGAGUUUCAGUAUAGUUGAACACAACUGAACUAAAUAUGGGCGUGGGGUUGAUUCUGAUUUCUCCUCUGUAUUUGGAGACAGCAGGCAGGGUAUAAGAUUAACUUUAUGUGAACGCAUAAAGCUUGAAUUUGUGAACAGUUGUAUUUAUUGAGAUAUUUAUUUUGAUGCUUUUAGCGAUGCAUAAGACCCCCCCUCUGUGUGAUAGUGGAUGUAUGGUUUUGUGUCACUCACAUUCGUUAAAAAUGUUUAAUCAGAGGGAACACCCCAAAGUGAACCUUUUGUACAAUCAAUCAUGUAAAGUGCGUGAGGACACACACCUUUUUGUGCCUACUGUGUUGCUAAGAGGGGAUUAAAAAAAACGUCUCACUGAACGAUGUUAGGAUUGUGAAGUGGUAGUUGUAGUAGUAGCAGUAGUACGCGUAAACAACACAAGGUGCAUUACUGAAGAGUAAUGUUCAGACACAGAUGUUUGUCUCAGCAUGUGCCUUGGCACUUUGGGCAGCUUGAGGAUUCACUUUGGUUUGUUUUUAAUCGUGGUAGGAGCAAAAACAGGACUUGUGCCAGCCGUUGUAAGAGAACACUUUGAACUGAUAGUCUUUUAUGUAAAAACAAAAAAAGGUAGCAACUCAAACAUUUGUAAAUCAAAUACAUUCUGAGCAAGUGUUUACCUGAGGACAGUAGCUAAUAUUUGGAAUGAAAUAAAAAGGAGUGAUUUCAAGGGAAACCUGACUUAAGAGGACCAGCGUGUGGGAUUUUGAUGAAUCUUUAUUUUUAGCUGUGUCGUCGCACACAGAGCAAUGCAGGAGCAGCAGCAUGGAAAAAAUGGCUCUUAUAGCCGUCAUUAAUAAGUUUUUAAGAAUGGGCGCAAUUAUCUGUUAACUUCUCUAAAAAACUAACUGAACUGGUGAUUAAAACCAGCAAAAAUAAGCGUUUCUCUGGUGCUCUUCAUCAGUUACAAGAGACAGGAAGUUGAGGCAGAGCUGCAACUAGCUUGUUUUUUUUUUUGUACACACUAGGUUUUGUACGCCCUCUGGUCAUUGUUUGAAAGUUUUAAAAUUGGAACUGAGAUUUCUGAAACGACCACCUCUUCUACUAAACAAGCUUUAAAAAUCACAACUACUCUGCUGCUCUUCGGCGAGCUAAAGGGGCUGCUAGCUCAGCGGCCGCCAAUUUUAGCUCCCUAACUGAUUAAACUCUUUCAUGAGUUUAAUUAAUGCCAUGGUUAAAACUGACCAAACACUAAUUAAGUAACCGGUUGUAAGCAUUUUAAAGUAAACUAACUUUAACAGACAAGAUUCCAACUGCAACACCUGGUUUCUAUGCUAGUCCGGAAUAAACAAUCCAAAAUGUUUGCUUUAGAGCAGGCCUUUCUAACUUUUGGGUAAUUCUUCAUCUGCUGUAGGUUUUUCUGAAUCUUUGUUAUCAGUUGUAAUCUAAAUAUUCAACUCUAAAUCCUACACUCUGGUACUUUAACUGCCCUGUGUAUACAUACAGUACAUACACAGUUAGCAUAUCAGGUCAGUGUUAAAACAUAAAAUGUGAAUUUCAGACCUCAAACAACAUUUUGUCAAAUGUUCGGUCGAAGCAGGCCAUAUGUAAAUAUAGAUCUCACACCAAAUGAUGUUCCAUGUGCAAGAAUGUUUCCUUGUUUUUUUGUUCCUCCUCCAAUGGAGAAUGUUUUUUUAUAUAAUGACACACAGUAUGUUUGUUCACAAAGCAAAGGAAUCCGAGUAUUGUUUGUGUUUCAUUAAGUAAGGAUUCCUCACUGAAAUGGACACCCCCUCUCACUUCUCCUCUGCUUGUAAGAUACUGUAAAAUAACUCCAGCUUCCCCCCCAAGGCUACUCUCUUGCAUGCUCAACACAGAAAAAACAAAGACUUAGUGAAAGCUGCACAACGCUUCCAUCGCGCAGUAUUUACCUUGUGAAAAUUUUGACCCAGCUGUGACUUCAUUCCCUGCUGGAUGACUUGUGGUAAUCUGUGUGUGACUAGUUUCUGCACUGGCUGGGGACAAUUGUGCUGCUGGGACAUGAGAGUAUUUUUUUGGGUUGGGGUGCAAGCAGCUGAGAAGACGCACAAAAGAAACUACAAGAGAUACUAAAAAUGGAGAGUAGAGUUUGCUGCGUUUUCGAGCACUUGUAUGGUGUGCAAAAAAACACGAGUUGAGAAUUCAAUGGCACUCAGAGUCUGUAUGAGACACAACAAACAAAAAAAUCCCAUUGCCAAAUAUUUUGAUAGAUUUUGCAGUAUGUGGUUUAACUUGCAAUAUAACAAAUAUGAAAGUGUACAGGAGUUGAAUGGCCACAUUGCUCUGUAAAUAUAAAAUCUGUUGUGUUUGUUUGAGUCUUGCAGAUACCUACGCUAGCUUCUUGGAGCAGCUAUGAUGACUCAUCCUGAAGGCAGACAGCGUUCAGUCAGUCAGCCGCCUUAAUGUCUCUUCUCUGCCCCUCUGUGCGUAGCGAGGGAUGACUGAGCCUUGUCUGUGUUGGAGAUCAUUCCCCCCAUUAGGCCGAGCUGAGGCACAUACUACCGUGCAUCUCAGCGGGCUCAAAUAUACCCCUCAGACAUCACUGCUGUCAGACGUUUUUCUGUGAGAAUUUGUGGGCCAUUAAUCGAUGGACUGGUGGGGAAUUCCAUCUUGCAGUAUACAAGGUGUGUUUGUUAGUACGAUGCUCUCACGCAGGGGUGUGUGCAUUUCCUACAUUUUGCCAGCAAUCAACCUUUGCAUUCUCCCUCUUUCAGUGCUCUAUAUCAGACUCUCAGAUUACCAGAUACUUCAGUACGCUGUAGUGCAGCCUUUUUCUAAUAUAUACCUGUAAAAUACUCAAAGUAAUUAUUUAAAUAAAAUAAUCAUCGUAAAACCAUAGAUUCUAUGCUAACAAGUGUGAGUGAAUGGAAUGAAGAAACACUAAAAAGUGCUGCUGGUUUUAAAAGAUAAUCAGAUUUCUUCUCAUGUUUUUUCCUUUAAUAUUGCACAUAAGUGGUGUGUGGUUGUAGUACUAGUGAUACCUUCCAGAGGAGAUUUUCUUAGUUACGUUUUUAAGUGGCCUCCUUAUAGAGAUAUUUAUUGUAGCUUGAUAGUAUUUGCGGAUAUAGAUACUCAUAGGCCAAAUGAACAAAUCCAGCUGUUUUAUUUUGAAGGUUGAGAUGAAAACUAGUGAAAACUUUUAGUGUACAUUGGUACACUCCUCAUGUCACGUCAUCCAAUAACUCGUUCCUUACUUAUAAAUACUUGACAGAAAUUAUUUAUUAUAACGUUUGCUUUUUCUGCCCAUCCGUUAUUUGACUUCACUUGUUGGGAUUUUUUUAAUGGUCGAUAUUUUGUGUUGUAACGUAUGUCACAGUUUUAAAAAUGUAACUGUACAGUCUCAAGGAAAGAAUGUAACAAGUGGGAGUUUUGCAUUGUAUAUAACUGUAAUUAUUUAUGUUAAUUCUAUCAUUUGUAUCAUAUCAAUGCCUUGUACAGUGUUAUUUUUUUUCUGUUUUGUUUAAAAUUAUUUUGUAUUUUAUUUUUAUAAACUGGUUAUAAAUAAAAUACUCAUUCCGCAUGCAGACAGAA